AUGGCUAGACCGGACGCUGGAUCCGACUUACAGCUAUAUAUCGCAGCAUCCCACCAGGCUCUCAGUGCUGCUUUAAUACAAGAGGCACCCUCCCUCAAAUUAAUAUACUUCAUCAGCCGUACGUUGCAGGGGGCGGAAGAAAGAUAUUCUCGAAUUGAGAAAAUCGCAUUAGCCCUGCUCACGGCUUCGCGUCGACUCCGACCGUAUUUCCAAAGCCAUCAAGUGGUAAUCCGCACCGAUCACCCGAUCGCCAAAAUCCUCCGCAAACCCGACUUAGCAGGGCGGAUGGUCUCCUGGUCAGUGGAACUUUCAGAAUUUGGACUCCGUUACGAACCGCGGGGAUCCGUUAAGGGUCAACAUUUGGCAGACUUUGCAGCUGAAUUAAGUCCCACACCUGAUGACUCGACACCAAAGUGGCUCCUCAGCGUGGACGGAUCCUCAAACAAAAGAGGGGGAGGAGUCGGUAUUGUCCUUGAAGGACUAGACGAUCUAAUCGUAGAGCAAGCCAUCACAUUCAAAUUUCCCGCUAGCAACAACCAGGCCGAGUAUGAAGCUCUGAUUGUUGGCCUAUCCCUGGCCAAAGAAUUCACAGUCACUCGUCUAGAGUGUCGGAUGGAUUCAAAGUUGGUGGUCGGCCACAUGAACGGAACGUAUCAGGUUAAGGAUAAUCAAUUACUACGCUACUUCCACAAAGCUCAUACCCUACUUCAAGACUUUGUCGAGGUCAUCAUCAUCCACGUACCCAGGGAACAAAACACAAGAGCUGACCUCUUGUCUAAGCUAACUCACUCUAAGGAGAGAGCACAAUUAUCUUCAAUCAUUAAGAUGACGCUCGACCACCCAGUUGUGGAAGCUCUCGUCACCGAUGUUUCGUCACCAACAACAGACUGGCGACAGAGGAUCAAAGAUCUAAUGAUAAAACAAGAGCGAGGAGAAAGCAUUACUGUGAUUGAUUCAAAAUGCAUUGCACGUUUCCUGUACAUAGGCGACGACCUAUACCGCCGCGGCCACAGUACUCCUCUAUUGAAAUGCAUAUCGGAGGAUGAAGCCGACUACGUCUUGCGCGAACUGCACAUCGGGAUAUGCGGGUUUCAUUCGGGUAAGCGUACACUCAGAGCACGCAUACUUCGUGCAAUAUAUUACUGGCCCACGAUUGACCGAGAUUGCGAGACGUUCGUCAGAAAAUGCAUCUCUUGUCAGGCCCACGGUCACGACAUCCACGCUCCUCCCGAAGAGUUGCAUGGGAUCGUCUCUCCUUGGCCGUUCGCUCAAUGGGGCCUCGACAUAAUUGGACCGUUACCCCUAGCCAAAGCACAGAACAAAUUUCUCCUAGUGGCGGUCGACUAUUUCACCAAAUGGAUAGAAGCCGAACCAUUAUCCGUUAUCAGUGCCCAACGAAAAAUCAUUACCGAUAACGGUCGCCAGUUCGUCGAGCGAAAAUUGGAGGAAUUCCUCAGUAGCUUGGGCGUUAAACACGUCACCUCCUCUGUCAAACAUCCACAAACGAACGGACAAGCCGAGGCCACAAACAAAACCAUACUUACUGAAUUGAAGAAGCGACUCGGCGAAGCCAAAGGUUUGUGGGUGGAAGAACUACCCGAAGUCUUAUGGGCAUACAGGUGCACUCCACACGGAUCCACAGGGGACACGCCGUUCAACCUAACUUAUGGCACUGAUGCCAUGCUCCUAGUCGAAGUCGGCGAGCCCUCGUUAAGACGAAAGAUCACCGAUAUGACACUUAACGAGGAACAGUUACGGAUGAAUCUCGACACCCUUCCCGAGGGUCGAGAGGUCGCCGCAGUUCGUGUAGAAGCUCAAAAAAGAAUGCUUUCCCGCCGUUACAACACUAAGGUCAGAGCCCGAGCGUUCAAAAGCGGCGAUCUUGUGUGGCAGAAACGGGGAGAAGCCAGGAAGGACCGAACGCACGACAAGCUAGCAGCCAACUAG